AUGGUAAAGAGCACAGAGCGUGUCUGCUACUACGAGACCUUAGGCCUCGAACCCAACUGCUCAGAAGAACAAAUUAAGGCUGCUCACAGAAAGCUAAUCCUUACGUACCACUGGGACAAAUGCAGAUCAUCCCAAUGCGGACUGUCCCAAGAAGAAGCCACCGCGAAAUUUUUAGAAAUCCGACUGGCAUACGAAACCCUAAUUGAUCCCGAACGACGAGAAACCUUCGACGCUUACCGCCAGACCUACGCUGUUCCUGAAGUUUUCAAGCCCGACCUCGAAAUCCCCUUUGACAAUGUCCACUUCGACGACUACUCCAGCUCCGUCUGCGGCUUUUAUGAGGUCUACUCUGAUCUUUUUCAAAGGAUUUACGACAAUGAACGCGCUUUCCAAGAGAAGAAGAACAUGCCAUGGAAUUCGGUUCAGAAGCCACCAGACAUGGGCAAUCUGGAUAGCUCAUAUCCCGAGGUUGUUCAAUUCUACAACUACUGGCUCAACUUCGAUUCGAUCAUGGAUUUCUGCUGGGAGGAUUUACACGAUGAGAUUGAUCUACGUAAUGUCUCUCGAAGAAGAAGAAUGAAACUUUGGUCCCGCAUAAACAUGAAGGCGAGGAAGAAAGCCAAGAAGGAGUACAUCAAAAAGAUCCGAGGUUUGGCACAAAAUGCCAAAAGACUUGACAAGAGGGUCAUGCAGAUGAUGGAAAAGAGAGAGGAGGAACAAAAGAGUGAGAUAGAGGAGAAGAAGGAAAGAAGGAAGCAGUUGAGGAAAGAAAAGUUGACCAAGGCUAUGGAGUACGUGGAGCAGGAGUGGACAAAACCGAUCGAGAGGAAGAGAAAAUAUAGUAACGAGGAGGAGGAGAAGAAAAAAGAGAAUGAGGAAUGGGAGUGUGUGGUUUGUAGGAAGACGUUUAGGAGUGUGAAGCAGUGCAGGAAUCAUGAGCAGUCGAGGAAGCAUCUCCGUUUGUAUGCAAAGUUGAUGGAGUUGCUAUUGUUGAAGGAGAAAUGUGACAAUGAAGAACCUGAUGAAAAAGAGGUUCUGAAGGUAGCAAAAUGGCAUGAGGUGAUCGGAGGAAGUGAUAAUGAAGAUGCUUUCUCUGAUGGGGUUAAUGAUUAUCAAAAAGAAAAAUCUAAUGAAGCAAGUGAAGUUGACAAUGAGGAGGUGGAGGAUGAAAUGGAUGUUCUUGCAGCAAUGGUGGCGAGGCGAAAGACGAUGGAAAAGGUUAGUGAAGAUAUUCCGGAAUUAAUGACUCAACCCUUGGCAACCAGUACUCAAGAGGUGGCUUUGGAGCAUGUAACGCUAGAGAACACCAAUAAGAAUGGAGGAGAUAUGAAACCGAGGAGAAGAAGAGCCAAGAGUACUAGAACGAACGAACGGGAUGGUUCAAAUUUGAACCCUGAUUCUAAUGUAGAAGAGACUCGAAAGAGAUAUGAUGAUGAGCACAUCAAGAAAAGGGAAGGCGGAGGGAGGAAAGACUGGAGCGGUGAGAAGAGUAAAGUUGAUAAUGAGCACAAGCAAAUUAGGAAGGGAGGAAGAAGGCAAGAGAAGAACGGUAAGAAGAGAAGUAGUGGAGAAAGAAGAUUCAAUCAACAUGGUAUAUCCUCUCUUUUUGCUGUGAAUGAGAAUUAUCUAAACAUGUUCAUCUGA